AUGAUGGUGCCUCCCAGCCUUCGCCUCACGGGCACCCUGCUGGUGGACAUUGCACUUGGUCCACGGGCUGAACAGCAGAUGCGGGGUCCAGGCACGGUGACGGGAUGGACUGGAGGUCGUCGCGUUUGUGUAGCGAUUUCUCUAUUGCAUCAUGUCUUGUAUCGCAGCACCCUUCCCGUGCUCGGGCCUCGGCACAGGCUCUCGGAUGGAGGAGUGCCGCAGCGGCGCGGGCUAAAUGAGCCGACAGUCGUCAUUGCUGCGGGCACGGCGCACACCUCUCAUUACACACCUUCGGCAGCCGCCUGGCUGCGCAGCAGCAAGUACGUGUGUUUUCGUUGA